UGUGAUAUUGCUCAUGUAUUUCUACUAUCUAUUGUAUAUCUAUUUGCUGUCCUGUACAGUACAUGGCAAAUUUGGUCGAGAACAAAAAAAAAUAAUCUCUCAACUAAUGCUGUAUGGGAAUCAGUUGGUACUACUAAUAUUGAAGGUUAAAAUGAAUUGAUUUGUAUACAAACUUAAAGCACACUUUAGGAUUGUUUAGGAGAAGUUAUAAUAGGCCUACUAACUUUAAAAUGAUUUUUACUCCAAUUCGUUUUUGAAAUAUUAAUAUUUAAAUAGUGGCUGUCAACAUGACAGAUUUAUUCAAACACGGAUUAUAGAAGCUAUAGAAGAAAUGAAAAAUUAUAAUUGAAUAUAAUACACACUAUAUUGCCAAAAGUUUUGGGACGCCUGCCUUUAUGUGCACAUGAACUUUAAUGACAUCCCAUUCUUAAUCCGUAGGGUUUAAUAUGGAGUUGGCCCACCCUUUGCAGCUAUAACAGCUUCAAAUCUUCUGGGAAGGCUUUCCACAAGGUUUAGGAGUGUGUUUAUGUGAAUUUUUGACCAUUCUUCUAGAAGCACAUUUGUGAGGUCAGGCAGCGAUGUUGGCGAGAAGGUCUGGCUCACAGUCUCCGCUCUAAUUCAUCCCAAAGGUGUUUCAAUUGUGAAUCAUGAAUCUGCUUCAGUGUUACAUUUAACACCCUGUAGUGUGGACACCCUGAGGGGUGUUAAUUUAACAAUGGGGAUUUGCUGUGUGCAUUACUCAUUUGUUUCUGUGUAGUUAUUCAUUAAUGACAGAAAAGUAUUCUAAAGUGUUACCCAAAAAUCUAGUAUUACCUGAAUGUCUACUCAUUUUUGUAGGUAGAAGGGGAAGCAUUGAUUUAGAAAUUCCAAAUUUGUCUUUAAGAAGGAUGGUGCUUGUGGGGAAAACAGGAGCAGGUAAAAGCUCCUCUGGAAACACAAUUCUGGGCGGAAGAGUCUUCAGAGAUGCCAAAAGUGCUUCAUCUGUAACCAAAGAGUGCUGGAAAGAGACAGAAAGGGUGGCUGGAAGAGAAAUUACAGUGGUAGAUACACCCGGUAUGUUUGACACAGAUAUUUCAGAGGAGGAUAUUCUGAAACAUGAGAUCAGUAAAUGUAUAAACAUGACAGCACCUGGACCACACGCCAUCCUCCUGGUCAUUCAGCUGGAUCCUUUCACUGAAGAAGAGAGGCAUUCAGUGGAGAAGAUCAGAGCCAUAUUUGGAGAAGAAGCAGAUAAACACACAAUCAUCCUCUUCACUCACGGUGAUGAACUGACCUGCACUAUUGAGAAACACAUCAGUGAUGCCGGCGAGGACCUGAAAGAAAUCCUGAGUCGCUGUGGAGGAAGAUAUCACGUCUUCAAUAAUAAAGACAUGGAGGAUCGUAAUCAGGUUGUGGAGCUUCUGGAGAAAGUAGAUGCCAUGGUUUCUGCUAAUGGAGGUGGAUUUUACACCAGUGACUCUUACCAGGAUGUGGAGAUCAUGCUGAAAACUAAAGAAGAUCAACUGAGACGAGAAUAUGAGAAGAAAUUACAAGACAAAGAAAGAGAACUAGAGGCCAGAUUUGCUGAAGAGAAGCAGAAACUGGAGGAGAGACUGAAUGAGUACAAACGUUAUUAUGAAGCAAAGCUCAGAGAGUUUAGACUGGAGGCAGAACGUACUUAUACUAAUGAGAAUAAACUGAUAAAGAUCCUUACCAAGUUAAAAGGCAUCAAAGUCAAAUUUUAAUCACAUUUCAGUUAUAUUUUCAGGUUUAUAGUGUAUAAUAUUACUUGUAAAAAUUUGUACGGUAUAUCUCAUUACUUGUGAACUUACAAGGGUAACUUGUUGUUUCAAAAAGUACUGUAUAGUGUUUCCUUUACUCUUUACUUUAAAAACUAUGUCUAUAAAGGGUAAUAUUUUAUAUAUUUGAGGUCUGAGAUGUGGGAACAACGAAGAGAGAGAGGGCAAACAGUUUGAUUUUGACCAAAUGUAUUCAAUCUUGACUUUGGUAAAAUGUUGCAACAAUUUUUUUUAUUUUUUUUUAUUUAUUUUUCUUUUCAUGAAAAAUUACAGUUUUGGACAUUUUCCCCUGGUUUCACAAACAAGGCUUAAGCUAGUCCUAGACUAAACUGAAAGAAACUUGUACUGACAGAUCCUAAAAUAUGUCAGAGCCAUUGUUUUGUCUCAAGAUGCUCACCAGUAAUGUGUUUUUCAAGUGAAUGUUUAUAAAAGCUACUUAAAGGAUUAGUCUACUUUCAAAUAAAAAAUUUCUGAUAAUUUACUCACCCCCAUGUCAUCCAAGAUGUUCAUGUCUUUCUUUCUUCAGUCGAAAAGAAAUGAAGGUUUUUGAUGAAAACAUUCCAGGAUUUUUCUCCUUAUAGUGGACUUCAAUGGCUUCCAAACGGUUGAAGGUCAAAAUGACAGUUUCAGUGCAGCUUCAAAGGGCUUUAAACGAUACCAGAUGAGGAAUAAGGGUCUUAUCUAGAGAAACGAUCUGUCAUUUUCUAAAAAUAAAUAAA